AUGGCGGCGCUCGGGCGUGAGGCUGGUACUGACCCGAAAGAUGCAGGUGUGCUAUCACUGGGAUCUGGGGAAAUGCCCAAGGACAUCAAGAUGGCAGCAUCUGUUCAAGGUCAGCCUGGUUCUUUUCUAGGAGAUACAAAAUUCAGAAGACCAAUGAUCAUUGAAAUCAUAGAAAAAAAAAUUGAAUGUCUUAAAAAGGAAAUGACAUUUAAUGGAAUGGGAAUGGUGCUCUUUGGAACAACAGCUGGAUCCUCUGGAAUACUGGCAAAUUUCAUUUUUAGACACUGCUUUAAAGUUAAACAUGGUGCUUUGAAAACAUAUGCAUCAUUGAUUACGCUUCCAUUUUUGUCUACUAUAGUUGCUUACAAGCUCUUUGUAACAGAUGCUUUAUUUUAUUCAGAUAAUAUAAGCAAAGAAAAUUGUGCUUUUAGAAGUUCACUGAUUGCCAUAGUAUGUGGUGUUUUAUAUCCCAGUGGUUUGGCUUUUUCUAAAAAUGGACGUCUGGCAGUUAAGUAUCAUACUGUCCCAUUGCCACAGAAAGGAAGGGUUUUACUCCAUUGGAUGCUACUCUGUCAAACAGACAUAAAAGCAAUGGUAAUUCCUCUAGUCUUUCAUACAACAUUUGGAGUAAUGAAUGGACUGCGCGAUCAUGCAGAGUUUGAAAAGUCACUUAAGAAAACUGUGAAUAAAGAUUAACCAAAGAAAAAAAUGGAUGCUAACUCAGCAGAAAGGCUUUUUAUGAUGAGGAUUUGAGCAUUCCUGAAAGUUAAAACUAACACUGGACAGAUGAUUUGUUUCUGUCCUUUCUGCCUGGCAUAUAGUAAAUAAUAACUAUUCAACAAUUAAGUCAAUAAAUGUAAGUUUCAUCUUACAUGUAAGAUGUAAAUUUUAUC